AUGGAACUAUGGCGAGAGCGUGGCUUCGUUCCAGACUCCGAUGAAGACGAGGACUUUGAGAGCCAGCAAAACGAUAAACCGAGUGAAAGGAAUGGAGAAACCACAGAGCCUGUCAUAUGUGAAGUUGAAGCACAUAUUCCUGAGGACUCGAAUACCCAUGAAAACCAGGGAGACUGGAAAUACGAUUGGCCUGAAUCACAGCUUGCUUCUCAAGAUUUGGUGGGUUUACCUUCUGAGAGUCAGCUCUCCGAUAAGUUGAAUGAAGGAUCCGGAAGGGUGAUAGAGUCCACCAUUCGUGAUGAUGAUGAAGAUAUACCGGAUGCCUCGAAUAUUCAUGAAAGCCUAGAAGACUGGAAAGAUGAUCCGCCCGAAUCACAGCUUGAUCCGCAAGCAUCGGCUGGUUUAUAUUCUGGGGGCCGCUCCUCCGAUAAGUUGAGUGAAGAAGCUGGAGGAGCCACGGGUGAAGCUACGCAUGAAGGUGAAUAUAUUACGGGGCACGUUGAUUCCGAUGAACUUCGAGGAGAUCAAGAUCCAGCUCAGGAUGGUCCUGAAUCUCAAGUUGUUUCCCUGGUAUUGGAUAAUGCACCUCCGGAGGCCGAUGACCUAGAGGACGACCCGCUGCAAUAUGAUUACACCUUGAGUACCUGGAUUUCGAGGGCUGGACGGUCUAGCACUACGGGGAAUGAUACGGCAUCGUCAAAUGCGAUUCGACACCCACAGUCAAGCAGCACGGGCCGUAGCUCCUCCCCUGAUGACCUGCAAUUCGAACAGCAUUUCCCAUCACGAACCCCAAUCAAAAGCGCAUGCCAGUUGAAUGAUGAGAAAGGAGAACAAGAGAGUGGUAGCGAAGAUUCGUCUCUAUCACCAGCGCAGUCUAACCCGCCGACCCCACCAUCUUUUCGGACUUCAGGCCCAAGGAGAGCUCUUAGAAACCGGAAAUUCAUUAACCUCCACCCCUACUUGGUAGAUCGAGCAGAGUAUCAAAGAUGGUGUGCUAGCAAUAAUAUACGCCCUGUGCGGGUUCCAACUACGGAGCGUUAUUCUAUUCGACAGGAGGAGUCGCAAGAACAGGAAUUUGUGCAUGAGAACGUGCCUCCUUCAAGCAGCCCGGCUACAUCGAUUCAAUUCCCAUCGGGGUCUCCUGCUGCUGGAUCUAAGCGCAAAAGGUUGACACAACGUGCACGCAAAUUUGGAGGCUUUCCUCACACUGCCAACACCAGCAAUGGUUUUAGACCUACAAGCUCUGUAAAGUUGGCGUCACAGCCGACACAUUACGCAAAUGCUUUUGGGAAACUUCGGAAAAUAUCUCAUGCACAUGGAGCACUUGGAAACGAAUUGCGGGAAAACAGAUCAAACGAGAUACAGAUUGUGAUUGAUAAUAGAUUGCCACAAACUCCCCCUCGAGAACGUAACGCUAUAUUCGAUGUUCCAUCCUCUUCACCUACCCCUGACCCAAAGUCAUCCAACAACAUACUUCAAGGACCACCUGAAUUCCGGUUUCCUCGUGGAGCUAGCCCUUCUCCUCUUGGCAUCACUGUUUUGGAAAAUGAUGAAACAUCUCGAAAUUUGGAAGUGAUCUCAGUAGAUGACUCACUUGACUAUGAUCUACGGACUAGUCCAAAACCUGCUGGGUAUUUGCACCCGCAAUCACCAUUACAGCUGGCAACAGAGGGGUCAACCGACGAGGGUGAAGAACUAGGCCGAGGGGAGGAAAUGCAAGACACAGAGGGAUCGGAAGAACAUGAAUACAUGGAGGUCAAACGGCUGAUGCGAAAGAUUAAGGGGGUACUGCCUGCUUCAUGGCCGCGACUUGAUCUCCAAAAGCAACUAGAAAUGGAGAAGGCAGCAGCAGAGAAAUCAAGGCUAGAUUACCUACGGAAUCGACGUCAGAGCGGAAAAGGUGUAGCCCAGAGAAUUUCCAGAAAUAGGAGUAAUAGCUAUACCCGAAGACCUCCCCCGACUCCUAUCUUUAUAGCUGAUGAAUCUAGUUCGGAUAGUGAACUGACUCUCACUGCUCAAAACUCGCGCGAACCACUCCCACAACUGAUGGACACGGAUGACCUAAGUCAAGACGCUGAUGACAUUCCCGAAGAUAACCGUAUUGACUAUAUGCUCCCUCCAGUGCCUCGGAGACAAAAACAACGCAGUCUACAACUCCAUCGCGGGCUACAAUCAAACCAGGAGAAGAGACCGCGCUCAAGUUUUGCUUCACGACGGAAACAACGGCCUAAACAUCAAGCAAAAAUUACAGAUACCCUGAAACGGUCACGAGUCACUAGUCCACCAUCGAAACCCCGUCUCCCAAGAUUGGGGAUAUUAGAUUCAUCAGAUGUAAAAGACCAACCAGUUCUGAAGCAACCACAAUUUCUACGUGUCGCUGCGCGACAGGCGCGAUCGCGCAGAGGCUUUGGCCGGAAGAGCCCGACCAGAACAUAUUUAAAACUUGGAACAAAACUGGACACGGAGGAUGCCAACAAGUCGUUAAGAGAGUGGAGGGCGGGUUCGCUUCGUCAAAGUAAAAUUACAGACAAUAACUCAAGUAAGAGGCGGCGACAGUCAUACGGAAACAAUGCGGUGGGGAAUACCCACGAUGAAUCUAAUCAAAGUACUGCACACCAGGCUUGGAUGGAUGCUCGGCAAUCUGUGCUACGAAUGGAUGUUGACGUUAGGAGUGCUAUAAGUGAUCAAACCAAGGCUCCUUCGGAAUAUCGUCUUUCGGUACAGGAGGGAAGUGUAAAAUCAGCACGACUGUCCAACACCAGCGGGAGGGUUGGCCAGCAGUGGGCGGUAAGGAGGCGAGGUUUUGCGAUUUCAUCACUCAGGCGAAAUGCACCAAGACCUGCGCAGUUGGACUUCUCCAGGGCGAGUACCCGUGCGCUCAAUCGUGCAUCGAACUUUCAACGUUCAUUGUCUGCACUCAACUCACUGUACAGGACUCAGGCUUCAUCUCUCGUUAGAAACACCGGCUUGCCAAUGGCAAGGUUUUUGGCUGAAUCCCCUUCUGGUCAUGAUGCUCAUACAUCGGGGUCGCAUGAAAAAACCAAUAGCCAUGGUAAUUUAUCGCUACUUCCCGAACAAGGCCAGACAAGACAGCCUCGUCAACCAAGAAAACGGGCUCCCCGGCAAGUCAAUGUGCAAACUGUUGAGCACCAACAACCUCCAAGCGUCGAUAUGGACGUCAUUGAGACCAAUUCUGUAAAAUCGGUCGAAGCCACUCAACAUCCUUCUCUUAUAGGUCUCAAACCAUCGGAAGCAGUAUAUACAAUCAAUUUUGACAUUGUCCCGCUCCAAAUCGGUACCUUUUUCCAUUCGUCGACGUUCAUCGGAAGUGGAGAUUUUUCGCGCUCUAUGCAACUCUCAUCUCGCAAUAUGGACCAUGAUAACGGGAAUGCCGUUAUACAAUACGCUAAUAAUACGUAUCAAUGGAGUGCAUGGAGUGAAUCGGUUUCUUCAGAGCUUGGUACUUUGCUAGAUACAAUUUUAGAAACGGUCAGCACAUAUGAACCCCCUAGUAAUGGAAUAACUCGUGAUCCCUCCACAAAAAUGGGCCACCCGGUGGAAGCCUUCCGGUCUAUUAUCACUUACGUGAAUGACAAGCUAUUUUUCAUGGACCCAGUCGAUAGAUUGAUGUUUGUGGACAGGUGCUUAGUCCUGUUAACAAAAACCUUUGAUACCCUGCAACUCUUGGCCACGGAUGGGCCUUCCUCGGAUUCUGCUACGCCUACAACAUCUAUACAUUUCCGAAUGAAACUGGAAGUGCUAAAUUACGUUUUUACUAAUCAAAUACGUCAAAUUGCAUCGCAUGAACUGGUUCAAUCCAUCAAAUACUCCGAGAUUGUUGGCAAGAUGAAUGCGGCUCAAAAUCGAAUCUUACAAGCUGUUUUAAGUGAUAGGGGCUUAACAGACAUCAGACAGUUUCUCGAGGAAGUUAAAUGGCGACAGCAGCGAGAAUCGGGAAUUAAAGACGAACAUCCGUUCUUGGAUGCUUUUGUGAUUGUCCAAAAAAUAUUCUAUACAGAUCCGAUGCUCUGUGGCAUGAACGAAGAUCUUUUAUCCCAAGCAAUUCUGGCUCCAUUCACUUCGCAUUUGCCGAAUGAUGCUCGCGAAUUGGAGAAACUGUGGAACGGAGUGUUUACCACCCUUCCACUGUAUGAGUUUGAUGAGAUGGGAAUUUUUCGACCAGGGAAACGAUUUAAAGAGAAUUUCGAUCAGUGGCAGACGAUCAGGCGUUUGCUAUCACCUGUUUUCGAUACGUAUACGCUUCCUUCGAAAAUGUCUUCUGCGCCAUUCAAUAAUUACUGUCGCACGUUGUUUCACCGCUGUUUUUACUUGAUUGAUGGUUGGGAAUGGCGGCAUAGCAAAGUUAUACUGGAUACCCUCUUUGAUUUUUUCGCGAAAAACAUGCUUCAUAAUCUUAACCAGGAACAAUCUUUUGGCUCGCCGGGUUUUCUUGACGAACUCGAUCGGCAGCCUAUGCUAGAAAUGGAGCCUAGGGAUAGCUGUUUUCACAUUCUGUUGAAAACCAUCGGGCUGGGCUUACGAAAAAUGGGUGAUUUAUACGACAAGAAAAAGAUCCGGAAUUUCGCAUGGCGCUUGUUACCAAACCACGGCCGGGACUAUCCGAAGGACCAACCGCUUCGCGUUGAAGAUCUUGACGCCCUAAGAAAUCACCACGAUCUUCUGUGUACGCUGUACUGGGCUACCCCUGACACCUGUCGACCACGAGUUGAAAUUAUUCGCAACCUGGUGCAUCCCGCCCGAUCUCACACGGAAGUCUGCAGCAUUAAUAUCCAUUCCUGGUUGAGAUUGGUUAGGUUUAAAUUAUCGACUGAUGAGAACAGUGCAGGACUAAUCCCUUUUGCCGAAUGGCAUGCAUCAUUCGUUCUUGACAUGUUGCAACAGCACUCCCACGCUCGGACGGAUAUAGAAGCUCAAGCAGCGUCAAACUCUCUCUUUUCUCGGCAAACUAUCGAGAAGGCUGUUAUUGACUAUCAGAAACCAAUAGAGUCCCUACUAAGCGUUGCACUUGUCAACUUGAAGAUUGCAAUUGAUUCUGCAAAAGCUCCCGUCGAAGCCAAAGUUUUAGUAGAUAGAUUUCCUCUCGCCAGAUUACUCGAGCUUUUGAACACCAAGAUUCCCCGCUUACAACCUCUUAUUUGUAACACGCUAGAUAUCGUGCUUGCUUACACGAAUUCUAACACGAAAUCCCGUGCACCAACUGGGCUUGUUGACACCGGCGAUGAUAGUCAGGAGUUUGAAGGGUGGGCGGUAUUUGCGGAAUUAUGCGAGCAGGAAGAGGGACGACCCAAAGCAAACCCACCUGUUGAGCAUUUGGAUGACACCAUUCGCCCUGCCUUAGCUCGAUUUCUUUCCUCUUGCUUUGGUGAAGACCAAGCUCCAGACGAUGUUGUACUUCUUAAAGUUGUUAAUUCCUGGGCCUCGGUUGCUUAUACUCUCGUGAGCUACGGAUUGAGAGAGUGGGGCAGCUAUCUCGGUCAAUAUGGCGAAGAUUCGUGGGCUUCAUUGAGAGCCACAGACCAAACGCGGAAGUUUUUGCCUUAUUUUCUCUCCUGUUUGAUUGAAAAGGACAAAAUAUUUUAUACUGAAUGCAAACGACAAGUACUACAUCACUGGAUGGAAUGCAUUGUUGCAAGGGGUUCAUUGCUCAAGUAUCAGCACGUUUUGACCAAUGCCAUCAUGAACGUGGAUGGUUCAGAUGCGAUGCUGAGCAACCUCCCAUUCUCGAGAAAUCCGAUCUCCCAGCGAUACGAAAUCACCCUGCAAGAGUUUUCUCAGAGGAGAUUAUCGCUUAUCUCAUGCAUUCUUUCCAAUAUGCGAGAACAUCUCUCCGAUGCUGAAGAUCUUGGUGCUCAUAUUGUGCAAAACAGCAGGAGUCAGUAUCGCGAGCUCGUUGAAACUCUAAUGGGAGCAAUGAAAUCUAAUUAUAGUGAAUUGGGCAAAAUCGACGACUCGGUACAGUCCUCAUACGUGGGUUUUGUACAUCGCAUAGUUGCAUUUCUCCAGCAACACUCGCAAAAGAUAUGCCCGAUUGAUCCCUUCUUCACAAAUCCAAGUAGAUUUCCUCUUCCCGCAGAUGAUCCAAAUUAUAUUGUCGGCAAGUUGAAAGGCUAUUCAGUCCGUCUUACAUCCAGCAAAGUCGCCAACGAACUCUUUACCUUCCUCCAUCAUGUGUCUGAACGAGCAGCAGUCGACGGUCAGCAGAUGGACCUAGUAGACCAGCUCUAUGCUGCCAUGACGGAAUCCGCUGAACCGGGCGAAAACCACCAAUCCACAAUCCGGAUUUUCUUCCUUCGCUGCAUCCUCCCAGCCUACAUAGAAGUCUGUCUAGUCGCUCCCGGGGCGUGGAUCCUAGUGCGGCCUCUAUUACAGUCCCUAACGCGGAUAUUGAUGGAAUCAAUCCUAUUCAUUAAUGCAUACGACGGCAACUGCGUUUCAGUCCUCGUGGGCGCUCUGACCUGUUACUUUGAAGCAGUUGACAGUGCUGUACGCCUUUUGGUGGACUACCCUGGUUUACUUGAUGAGCCACAUAUUCUACUUACCGUCACCUCCCUCUUAGAAACCAUUACUACGUCGCUCCCCGCCAUAGACUACUUGGACCGAAGUUCCAGCCAAGCGGCAACUCUCGUCGCUUAUGUAGAUAUUUUCAAGCAGUUUGUGCUCUUCGCAGCAUCCACUCUCCUAAACCCAGAGAAUGCCCUUGCUCCACAAACUCUUGACAUGGCGCUUACUCACAUAUCCCAAGAAAAUAACUACCAUCCACCGUCACAAUUUUUUGCCGAUGCUCGCGGCUUUGCCGCGCGUGGUCUUCAAUCCAGGUUCCGAGAUGGCUGGUUUUUUCGUAAUGGGAAAUAUUUUGUCCGUCCGGAACAUAGCCAGCAAGUGAAGGAAAUCGUUGUUAAUGAUCCGGCAUGUACAUCUGCAGCUUUUGCUAAAGAGGCCUUUAUAAAAACUGUCGAGAUAUUUUUUGGUACAAUGGAUGGGCUGCAGACGUUUUCUUCCUCAUCCUUCUAG